AUGUCGGAUUCAGCGUCUUCAACCGAAACCCGAACGCAAAGGGUCUCUAACACUAUCUCCGAAAUCGUAGACACUCUCUACGCCCCCCAGAAUUGGUCCCGUUUCGCGCUACUUGACCCGGUCGCAAUAUCGUAUAUCGUGUUAGACUUCCCCAGAAGCCAACAAGAAGCCCUAGACGUCGAGGCCCUCAUCGGCUUCGCGUCGGAGAAGCGCGGGCCGUUGCCGGCGUCGAGGGUGUCGAUCGAGGCAAUGCCGAGGGUGGCGGUGACCCAGGAAGAGGCGGUGGCGAAGGAGUGCCCGAUUUGCUUGGACGGCUACGAGGUCGGCGGCGAGGCGAGGGAGAUGCCGUGCAAACACAGCUUCCACUCCGGUUGCAUCGAGAGGUGGCUGGGGCUCCACGGGUCCUGCCCGGUUUGCCGGUUUGCGAUGCCGGUGGAGGAAGGCAACGUGAAUAGUGGCGGUGGAGAAGAGGGAGAGCAGAGGCCUGUUCUGGUGCCUAUCUGGAUCGGUAGCCGUGGGGAUCCGAUUACGGGCCCUCAGCCGUGGAUCCGCGGCGGCUGA